CGGCGUUCAUUUCCGCGCCCGACCGCAGCGUCCCGCACGCCCCCUUGCUCUCCUGCCGCAGCUCGCCUUGUCGGGACUCACUCGGUGGAGGAGGAAGAGAGAGGUCGCGGGGGUCCUGUGCCCCGCCGGGAAGGGUGCGGGUUAACGCUCUCCUAAGACCCCCAGGGGUUUUCCCACCACUCUUGUUUUUUUCCUGCAGAACAGCUACUGUGCACGUUUGUUGAAAGGGUCGGCGGGAAGGUUUUCUCCUUGGGGAGGUGAAAGGUGAAGCUAAGAACAGCAUAACUGAUUCCCAAAUGGAUGAUGUUGAAGUUAUUUAUACAAUUGAUGUUCAGAAAUACAUUCCAUGCUAUCAGCUCUUUAGCUUUUACAAUUCUUCUGGUGAAGUCAAUGAGCAAGCGCUGAAGAAAAUAUUAUCAAGUGUCAAAAAGGAUGUAGUUGGUUGGUACAAAUUCCGACGUCAUUCAGAUCAGGUCAUGACAUUUAGAGAGAGGCUCCUUCACAGAAAUUUACAGAAGCAUCUUUCAAGCCAGGAACUUGUUUUUCUGUUAUUAACACCGAGUAUAAUAACAGAAAGCUGCUCUACUCAUCGGCUGGAGCAUGCCUUGUAUAAACCUCAGAAAGGACUUUUUCAUAGAAUACCUUUAGUGGUGGCCAAUCUGGGCAUGUCUGAACAACUGGGUUAUAAAACUGUAUCUGGUUCCUGUAUGUCUGCUGGUUUUAGUCGAGCAGUAAAAACACACAGCUCUGAAUUUUUUAAAGAAGAUGGAUCUUUAAAGGAGGUACAUAAGAUAAAUGAAAUGUAUGCUUCUUUACAAGAAGAAUUAAAGAGUAUAUGCAAAAAAGUGGAACACAGUGAGAGAGCAGUAGAGAAACUGCUAAAGGACGUAAACAGAUUAAAACAGGAAAUUAAAAAAAGAAAACAAGCACAGAUUCAAGCAGCACGAGAGAAGAAUGUACAAAAAGACCCUCAGGAGAACGUUUUUCUUUGUCAAGCUUUACGGACCAUUUUUCCAGAUUGUGAAUUUCUUCAUUCAUGUGUUGUUUCUUUGAAAAAUAGGCAUAUUUCUAAAAGUACUUGUAAUACCACCCACCAUGUCAGCGUGGAUGGCCUGACCCUACUGGUGGAGUACACUGACAGUCCGGAAGCUAGUCCUGCUGGUAGCACACUGCAGACGAGUAAGCGCAAGGCUUCUGAUGCAGAUGACGGAGGGCGAUCCAAGAAGUCACGGCUGUUAGAGCUGCAGAACAAACCAUCUAAGGCAGAUACUGACAGCAGCGACCAGGAAAAGGCAUCCACAAUGAGUAGCCCAGAAGCAGAUGAAGAGCUUGAGAAAAGGAAGGGCUCUGGUGAAUAUCCACAGUCUCCGACCUUUUGACUCCGUUAGGCCCAAAGGAGAUGCGUGGUCAGCUGAAGGAUGAAGCCAGGCUCUUCUCUUGUUUUUACUGUGUUCAGCUCUGUGCAGUAACAAACGGGUGCAUCAGUUAAUCCGGAGUUUGAGUUACAGAACGAGCCUGGUCAUGCAGUGUAUUUGGGAUCAGCAGUUGGUCAAUUAGGUGAAGAGGCCAGUGAAGCCUGGCUCAAAUGAGAGCAUAUACGUACAUACACUGCUUAUGGUGUCUGUCACAGAGACUUCAUUUUCACAUACAGCAGAGUGUACAUUCAUUGUCAAACUUUUGUUGUAGACUAGGGACUUUUCUAAAAAUGUCUUGGAAUCCCUUUGUUCCAUUACUUAACCUUUAUAAGACCGCUUUAGUUUCCUUAAAGAAAUCUGCAAAUUAACCUAAGUACAAAAUGCUACUUAGUUUUUUUCAUCUCCCAUUACCAAUCUCAUUUAAAUGUCCAAACUAUACCUAAUUUGGCAACUAAUUUUUUUAAAGCUAGUUAUCUUUACCAAGUCUUCUCAAAAUAUUUACUUAAUAUUCAUUAUAAUGGUAAUUUUCUUCUUAAUGUUCAUAUUCAUCUAUACAAAAAUACAGCUGACACACAUCUGGGAGUAGCCGACUUGGCAAUGCAGAACGCAACAGGUUAAGAGAGUCACGUCACGGGCUCCCAUGUGACUUUUAAGGAUGUAAAGCUCCCGUUUCAUCCAGUUUGAUGGCUAAUAAGUGGAGGUUGGUUAAGAGCUUUUACUGUGUGUUCUUUGUGUUUGCAUUUUCCACAGCAGAAUUUCCCAUGAAGCAUACACAGCACUUGACGCCUUCAUGUUUUACUCCGAGUGAGAUGCUGAACCCACAUGUUGACGAAUGCUGUCAGUUACUUCCUAAGUGGUAGGGCCAACUCAUAGCUAGUAGCAAAAGCGCUCAUCUUCUGUGUGUUAACAUGCAUUGAUUCCCGUAGGGUGCUUAUAAAGCCCACGUAACACCCGGGAUGAUUUGUGCAAAGAGUUUCCCAUAGGAUUGUCGUGCUGAUUAUAUAAGCGCAGGGCAGGAGAGGAAAUAGGGUUCAGUGUGAACCCUAAUUUAAAAAUAAUUAGGUUUGCUGUCCCAACUUUCAAGGUGUUCAGUGAAAAGGAGGAAAUGAGUCCUUACUGGACAUUUUUUCUGCUGCUCCCAUCUUUUGGCAGUUAGUUUGUAUGAGUGGAGAAAGAGAAGAUGAGAGAUUGCCUGGACAUGAGUUUACACACAGGACACGACCGGUUUCAGGAGAGACGGGUGCAGGAGUAGAUGUGACGGGCAGCACCCCUGUUCACCCUCAUGUGACGCUCCUCCAGAGGGAAGACCUAGAGUCCUGGCCGGGCUGGCUUAUGUGCUUGGUAGAAAAUCUUUGUAGCAAUUUCAAAUCCACACCCUGUCACACGUGAUCUGUACAUUCUGCAGGCAUUUCACUUUCCUGCACCCAAAUCCCCACAAUCCCAUCUGCAAGACAGAACCUGGGCCGAAAGUAAAAUUCCAAUACAGGUCAUCCUUUCCCUGUUUAACGCCCCAGUAUCAGUGGUAUGUUGUGUGAGCUAUUUGGGGACCCGAUACAAGUAAAAAUCCCACAGUACCAAUUUUUUUAUUCAUAUGUAAGUAAAAUGUAAUGAGUGUCAACAUUGUAAAUAAUCUGAUUUAUUUAACGAACGUUCUCAUAUGAAGAGGAAGCUCCAUCCCAAACCAUUUUCUCCUCAUAUGAUUUCAAGUUAUUAACAAACACUUAAUACUUUAGGAGUUCUCGUUGUGGCUCAGCAAUAACAAACCCAACUAGUAUCCAUGAGGAUACAGGUUCAGUCUCUGGCCUCACUUGGUGGUUAAGGAUCUGGCAUUGCCAUGAGCUGUGCUGUAGGUCUGAGAGGCAGCUUGUAUCCUGCUGUGGCUGUGGCUGUGGCAUAGGCCAGCAGCUGCAGCUCUGAUUCGACCUUUAUCCUGGGAACUUCCAAGGGUCACACAUGUGGCCCUUAAAAAAAAAAAAAAAAAAAAAAACCUUAAUACUUUGUAUUUUGGUAAGAAUUAACCUAUUAAUUUUCUGUUCAAAGGUUAUUAAAUCUUAUAGUUUGAGUCAAUAUUAUCAUCACACAAAUAUUGCUAAGUUUAUUGAUAACUUUAUAUAAUUUACUCCCUGUAUUUGAUGUUACAAACUUUAGGGUCUUUGAGAUAUGCAGGAUCCUUGUAUGUAACUGGCAUAAACCCUGUAAAGAGAUAAUGAAAGUUAUUCACAAAAGCUAGUGAGCAAAAUUUUGGUUAGCAUAAUUCAGUUUUUCAGAUGUUCUUACCCAGUAUUUGAGCUCUCUUAAUUGCUUUUGUAAUUUCUUUUUGUUUCUUCCCACAAAGACCUGUAAAAGAAAAUGUUUUCUUAUUCAUAAAAAAAAAUGCCAAUAUCCCAAAUGCAUAACCAUUGCCCACAUCAUGGAAGGGUUGAAACCCCAUCAAGAGCCAGUCAGUAAACGUCUUAGGCUUUGUAGGCCACACAGUCUCUGUCCUCAUUACUCAGUCCUGUUGUAGCUCAGACUCUAUGGAAACUAUUUAUAAAAACAAGCGGCAGAUCUGAUGUGGCGUAUAGGCAGCAGGACCCUGGUUUAAAUGAUAGCCUAGGCAUGACUAGAGUGUACUCCAAAACAGCAAGGCAAUUUUUUUAAGCCCAUGUUUUCUACGUGUUGUCAGCCUUUAUACAAUUAACUGAGUAUAAGAAGACAUGCAAAUUAAUAACCCUUUUGGCCUAAGACGAGGCUUUCUCAAAGUACGCAUCGUAUUUGGUCUAAUAGUAAUUUGUAGCACUAUCUGAAAGUUUGCCAGUUUUCUUAAAUAACAGAAGUAGAUUUAUAUAAUUCUUAUCUAUAUUUAAGUUGCUAUAAUAGAAAAUAAAAUACCUGUUAUGUGCCUUCCAUAAAUGCAUCCAGUAAAAGGAGAAAUAAACUGGGAUAAAAGCUGUUGAGUUUUAUUUGGAAAGGAAAAAAAUUUUUAUAUUAAUACACUUGUUAGUCAACCUUGAUUGUGUAAAUUUCAAAAACUUAUGUCACCUUCAAGUUAUGUAAAUGUGUAUUAAUAAAUUUCAGACAAACGUAAAAAA